AUGGCUGCACCAGGUGGAGUCAACCCGCAUGCAGAUGCGGACCUGACGAGGCAGUCCAUGCUCCAGAACACGGGUGCGCAGGAGGAUGAGAUCCAAGAUCAGAUUGGCUCCAAUGGCUCGACUCCAUCUGGGAUGGCUACUCCACAGCCAGAUCCUGCAGACAAACGUCUUCCGUCAAUAAUGCACUACUUCUCUCAGGUUGGUGGCCCCUCUGGUUUUUCGCUUUCCCGUAAAGCACGGUCAUCUACCUCCAUGACACCUGCCGCGGUGGAUAGUGCCCAGUCGACUGCCCGCGUUGCACGACGCAACGAGGGCGAUGCCUCUGGGCAUACUUCCUUACCGUCUGGCGCAAUUGCUACAGGAGAGCGCGAGCAGUCGCUGGAUGCCAAGGCGCCUGCUCUGCCCGCUGCCGGAAGCAGUGAGAAGCCAGAAAGCGAGGGAUCGCUGGAGACUUUGAAUCCCAGCUCCCUGCCUACUCCCCCUGACUCAUCUGCGUGUUCUUUGUCCCAGAAAGAGGCGGAGGAGACGGAAACGAGUGCCUCUGGUGCAGAAAAGACGGUGGUGUCCAUCUAUUCUGCGCUGAAGAACUAUCUUUCUUCUUCGUCGUCAGGAAGUUCCUCUGAUUCUCAUUCCUCACGCCGUCCUACAUCCCAUCCAGUUUCCAGCGUCUCAGACGACCCCGUUCUUGCUUCUCACUUCUCCAACCCAUCCCUUCCUGAAGCGUCAGAAAUUCCAUCUCCACCAGCGGCUCCCCUGUUGGAACAUGAAAAGCCUCAGCACGUUUCCAACUCUUCUGAAAACCUUGCCAAGCUAACUGAGAACGCGGUUAACGCUUCGCGUCUAAAGAAUACGCCGCCGCUGACUCCACGUGCCAUGUCGAAUGAGAACGCGCAAUCGGAGAAGCAGCCGGGUGACUCGAAACCCGGUUCGUCCGGUUCAUCGAAUCAACGUCCGAACAAUAAAGAAGAACUGACAGGGAAACUCAAUGAAGCGUUCCCAACGCAGUCCCAAGGGGGACAGGAGGGACCUGCGGUUGCAUCAUUGAAAGGAAAGCUUUCGGUGAGAAUAUCCCAGGCCAGGGGUCUGCGGCCCAGUGUCGAUCCCUAUGUGGUUUGCGUGUUCGAGUGGAACGAGUACAUCUCCAGGGGCGCGCAGAGCGGAGACCGGACACCUGAAACCAAGAAAAGCCAAAAGGAGUGGUCUGAUAGUGACUCCGGACGGCCCAUGGCCAUACCUAUGAAGAGCCGGCAGAGUAGUCACAACAGUCAACUGGACAGUCACGAUCCAAAGGGCAGGGUUCCGAUCACAGAUCCUCAGUGGAAUCACGAAGCGGUCUUUGACGUUCUUGGCGAUCAGUCCGAGAUCGAUGUCUCUGUUUACGACCGUUACAACCAGGAGGCUUUUCUCGGCCAUGUCCGGUUGAGUCUCAAUCUGAAACAAGACAACUCUCAUUUGGAGGGCUGGUUCCCUCUGAUGGCUCGAGGAGCCGGUGACAACCAGGUGUCUGGAGAAAUCCACCUGGAGAUACACUUCCAGAAGACCGAGAGGAAACACGUUGGGCCAAACGAUUUCCAGAUUCUUAAGCUCAUAGGCAAAGGUACAUUCGGCCAGGUUUAUCAGGUAAAGAAGAAGGACACGCAACGUAUCUACGCGAUGAAGGUCCUGUCGAAGAAGGUCAUCAUACAGAAGAAAGAAGUUGCGCACACCUUGGGAGAGCGGAAUAUUCUUGUCCGGACCGCCAUGUCAGCUUCUCCCUUCAUCGUCGGGCUCAAGUUUUCCUUCCAGACACCAACGGAUCUUUACCUGGUCACAGACUACAUGUCUGGUGGCGAGCUCUUCUGGCAUUUGCAGAAGGAGGGCCGCUUUCAAGAGGCGCGGGCCAAGUUUUACAUUGCAGAGCUGAUCCUUGCGCUGCAGCAUCUCCAUGAUCAUGACAUCGUCUAUCGCGAUCUCAAGCCGGAAAAUAUCUUGCUGGAUGCUAAUGGCCAUAUUGCCCUUUGUGAUUUUGGCUUGUCCAAAGCCAAUCUCACGAAGAAUGACACGACCAACACGUUCUGCGGUACCACCGAGUACCUCGCUCCCGAGGUCCUGUUGGAUGAGCAAGGGUAUACGAAAAUGGUGGAUUUCUGGUCUCUCGGUGUUCUUGUCUUCGAGAUGUGUUGUGGUUGGAGUCCAUUCUACGCCGAAGACACGCAACAGAUGUACAAGAACAUCGCCUUUGGCAAAGUCCGCUUUCCCCGAGACGCCCUCAGCGCGGAAGGACGGAAUUUUGUGAAAGGGUUGCUCAACCGAAAUCCGAAGCAUCGGCUGGGUGCCAAGGAUGAUGCGAGGGAACUUAUGGCACAUCCAUUCUUCAGCGACAUCGAUUGGGACGCAUUGGCCCGUAAAGAAGUCAUUCCUCCUUUCAAGCCAAAGUUGAAGUCGGACACCGACACAUCGAAUUUCGACCCGGAAUUCACCACGGCUCUGGAUCACUCGACCUCUCUGAAUGACCGUGCUGCUGCAUUGGCAAAUGGGGCGAUGCCUGCGUCAACGCCUCUGUCGCCUGGCAUGCAGGCCAACUUCAAGGGAUUCACCUUCGUAAAUGAGAGUUCGAUGGACCAACACUUCAAGGACAGCCAAGUUGACCGCAUGGAUGAAGACAUGAAAGAUGAUGACUCCUGGCAUCGAUCUCAACGAUCUAUUGAUUCUACGGAUCAUCGCAUGAGCGGUGUAAUCAGGACCGGAGAGGGCGAGGGUGGUGUGUUCAAUAAUUUUGACAUUUGA